AUGGAAGAGAAAGCUGUGCAGAUUAAGUCUCCGAGCAACUACCUCAAGGCCGCCGCGGCACGUGAAGGCUCAGCAGCUGUGGUCAGUGUCCAAACGGAUGAAUCAAAGAUCCACCGAAGAGCGACCUGGCUGAGCAGCAAUGUGUUCCAGGACCGGCCGAUAAGUGAAGAGGCCGUCGCCGCCCUGAUGGGGCUUGGCACCAGACGGGCCCUCGAGUUGUUCAAAGACAUAGAGGAAAAGCAGGAUCAGAUAAAAAAUCCCAGCGGAUACCUGAUCUCUGCGGCUUCGCGCGAGACGGCCGGGGCUCAUCCGGGGCCGGCGAUGAUGGCGCUUCCAGCGAUCACCAUGCCAGUGAUGAGGUCAACACCGGCACCUGUCGCAGCAAUGGCGAUGUCAUCAAGUGCUGAUGAAGCAAAGAUUUGGCGGAGAGCCUCGUGGCUCAACGCGAAUGUAUUUCCGGAUCGUCCUAUCGAUGACGAGGCAAUCGCAGCGAUGAGUGGCCUGGGCGCAGCAAGGGCAAUGGAGCUCUUCAAGGAUGUUGAAGAGAAGCAGGGGCAAGUCCGCAGUCCGAGCGGAUAUCUCAAGACGGCAGCGUCUCGGGAGAGCUCCGUCAACGUGAGUUCUUUCUCUCCCAGAGUUCACGUCAUGCAGCCCAUGCAAGUCACCGACGCGACCAAAGUUCAGCGGAGGGCAAGCUGGUUAAAUGCAAACGUCUUUCCUGAUCGCCCAAUUGAUCAUCAGGCAAUCGAGGCCAUGAUGAACUUGGGCACUGCUCGUGCCAUGGAGCUUUUCAAGGAUUCGGACAGUGAUGCGAUCCUUGUGCCUCCCUUGUGCUAA